CACUCUCUAUCGCUCUCUCUCUCUCUCACGCACGCACACGGGCACGCCCCCUGACACUCGCGCUGAGCGAGGCUCAUUUCCAGCGGCUGCGGUCUCCGCGCGUCGCGUCCGGCUCCGCUUCAUGGCUCAGCGCGUCGCUCGUCCCGUCGUCGCCGUCGCGCUGCUGCUCCUCGGACUUGUCGCCCUCCUGCUGCUCACCGUCCGCGUCGAAGACGUGCACGAGCCGCCGGGCUUCAUGUACGGGAUCGUCCUCGACGCCGGCUCGUCCCACACGGCGCUGUACGUGUACAAGUGGCCGGCGGACAAGCAGAACGGAACCGGCCUGGUGACGCAGCACAGCGAGUGUCACGCCAGCGGAGGAGGCAUCUCCAGCUACGUGGGCCGACCCGGAGCGGCGGCGCUGAGCUUGGAGCCGUGUCUGCAGCAGGCGCUGGAGGACGUUCCCAGAGAACGGCAGCGCGGAACGCCUGUGUACCUGGGCGCCACGGCGGGAAUGAGGCUGCUGAGGAUCUCCAGUCCGGAGCAGUGCAGCGAGAUCCUGCAGGAAGUGGGCCACAAAAUCCAGUCGUCCCCCUUCGACUUCCGCGGAGCAGCCGUCCUGAGCGGGCAGGAGGAGGGCGCCUACGGCUGGGUCACGGUCAACUACCUGCUGGAGAACUUCCUGAAGUACGGCCUGGUGGGCCGCUGGCUGAGCCCCGGCAGACCCACGGUGGGAGCGCUGGACUUCGGAGGCGCCUCCACCCAGAUAACGUUUGCCACUCAGGAGGAGAUGGAGGAGACGCAGGACGCGAUGAAGCUGCGUCUGUACGGACGGGACUAUUCGCUGUACACCCACAGCUUCCUGUGCUACGGCCAGGACCAGGUCCUGAAGCGGCUGCUGGCCCACGUUGUUAAGGCCCAGGGCUACUCCAGCUCCGUGCUCCACCCCUGCCUUCCUGCAGGCUACCGCCAGCAGUUCAACCUCAGCAGCGUCUUCGACUCUCCGUGUACGAGCAGCUACAAACCCGCCUCCCGCGGCGCCCCCGCCUCGCUGACGGUGCACGGCGCCGGGCGCUACGAGCAGUGCGAGGGCAACGUGUCGCAGAUCUUCUCCUUUGACGACUGUCCCUUCUCCAGCUGCUCCUUCGACAGAGUCUUCCAGCCAAACGUCUCCGGCAGCUUCAUGGCCUUCUCUGCCUUCUUCUUCAUUCACUCCUUCCUGCAGCGCGUCACCGGCGUCUCCGUGAACUCCCCGUCUCAGCUGGAGCAGGCGUCCAGAACCGUGUGUGGGACCACUUACAAUGAGCUGUUGCGUCUGGCUCCAGACCAAGCCUCUCGCCUGCAGCACUACUGCGCCUCCUCUGUGUUCGUUAAGGUCCUUCUGCUGCGAGGAUACGGCUUCGAUGACGCCUCCUUCUCACGGAUUUCCUUCAGGAAAAAGGCUGGCGACGCCUCGGUGGGCUGGGCUCUGGGCUACAUGCUGACCCUGAGCAACCUGCUGCCGGCGGAGCGCGUGGGGCUGAGGAAGGCCCUGACCCCCGGAGCGUGGGGAGGCCUCAUCUUCCUGUUCGUCCUCCUCCUCACCGCCGUCCUGGUCUUCAUCCUCCUCAGGGCUCACGACGCCAAGAAGAAGGGAGGCAGUGAAAGCACCAUCUAGGCAACGUUCCUUCGAAGCAGUUCAUUCCCUUCAUGAUGCGUUGACAAACUUCAGAGGCGCCCAGAUGCUGACUGUGCUGAGUUCGGUACUGUCACAACCUCCUGCUGACGUCACCCCGUCUAAAGUCAAAGCAAUUCACCUUUUAAGGAUUGUCUUUUAUUUUUUAAGUAUGAGUUUUAGUCGUGGUAUUUUCAGGUGGUUGUUUUUUUUUACUCAUCUUCGUCGGUUUUUAUUAACCUUCAUCUAAAACGUGAGGAGCAGCAGCUGUUUGUGUCUCUGCUGCUUCUUUAAGACAAAGCAAAGCAGUGACAGAAACAGAACCCAACAGCAUGAACCGCAUCCUUUCCACCAUAAGGUUCACAUUGCUUCUGCUAAAUAAGAUCAGAAGCUCUUUAUCGUCAUGUUCUGUCACCACCUUAAAACGUCGCUGUAGCCGAGCAGAUUUUAGCAGAUUUCAGGUUUUCAACUGUGAUGCAUCAGAGGAAUGAGUUUGGGUUGAAACGGUUCAAUAUGGAUCAUCGAUCAGCUGAAUGUGGCUCCGUCCACGCUCGGUCUCUGCUCAUCCCAGAUUAAUAAUAAUAAAUGUUCCUAAACUCUAAA